GAGAUAAAUGCUGACUCCGCUCGGAAAGUUCUGAACUGCAAAGUUUGCUCUCCUGAAGGCGGGCUUCUCCGUUAGUUGCAGUGAAGGAAGCUUGGGGACUCCCGCUCUGGGCCUUUUGCUCCCCGCAUUCCUAUCCCGCUCUCCUGGUCCUUCAGGCGAGGGCUUGGGGCCACCAGCUUUUUAUCUUUGCGCAGCACAAACACUAGCUUCUCGGCCCCAAAGAGAAUCAGCCAACUAAAAGCAUGUUGAAGGUGCCGGUUCUGCUCCUCAUCUUGGGAAGCGCGUCGCUCUGGGUCCUGGCAGAAGGAGCCAGCACCGCCCGACCAGAAGAUGACAUAAUAACCCAAGGUACGGAAGGUGGCAUGGUGAUACCAGGUGUGGAAGAUAACAUGGUGACCGUUGGUGCCAGUGAAAAGCCCCCUGAAUCCACUGACUUGGCAACUCUGGUGCCAAAAAGUACAGAUAGUACAACGCAUAGGCACCCCGAGGACCUGCCCACCCAUGAAAGCACAGGCCAUCAUGACCAUGAAAAAAGCCAGAGCACCGCAGCCCCAGAUGUGGCGACUGGUCACUCCAUGGAGAAAAUGGGUGGAGAAACACAGACAACAGUAGAGAAAGAUGGUUUGGCAACAGCGACCCUGAUUGGAAUCAUAAUCGGAGUCUUAGUAGCCAUUGGUCUCAUUGGUGGGAUCAUCUUUGUGGUUGUGCGAAAAAUGUCAGGAAGGUACUCGCCCUAAAGAGCUGAAGAAUCAUGCCCUUCUGUCAACAGCUUAAAAAAGAGAGAGUUUCCUAUUUCCACCCCCAUCCCUGAGCCUGAAAGGGAAGAUGACCCAUGGAAAUGCCGCCCGCCUCGCUCUAAAUCCAUGAUGAUCCCUCCACCAGCCAAAAGUAACCGAAGGAAAAAUAAAUGCACAAGACUCACUCCUCUAAGCAUUACGCCUUCUGGAACUCUUUUAAGAUAAAUGUUGUAAUGGGAUUUAAAAGACAAAAUGCAUGGAAAGCGGAACAAAACUUUGUAAGUGAAUUUGUAACUAAAAUAGACCAUAUAAUUUAAUCCAUGUUAGAAACUAUAACUCUUGUUAUUGUUAAAAUGAAGAGGAAUCUGGAAGUAUUUAUUCCAAUGAAGUACUUGGGUCUAGCGCUUUGUCAGUAAGUGGCACCAGCAUUUUGCAAUUUCUCAUCUGUUGAAAUGCAUACAUUUCAUUCUAGUUUAUAUCUUCUGGUUUCUAAAGUUUUGAUUUGAUGUGAAUAAUCAAUUAGAAAAUCCCAACUUGGAUAAUAUGGAAUGAGCAACUGCCUUUAGCUGAUUCAGAUAAAUCAUUUCAAAGGCAUCCAUUGUUGAUCAUAAACAGGAAGUCUACUUUGGGGAAGACAUUUUGUUUGUUACCACAAGGCCACCAGGCAGCCUCUAGGUUGCCUUCUCCAGUGAUGACUUGAUGAUUCAAGGUUUGCUCCUACUUGGCUCCUCUGCUUCCCUCCAAUGACGGCCUCUCUCUUUGCCAUGACUCAAGGCAUUCAGAUUGGCUGUGUUGUUCUAGAAUGUGGUGCCAAGGAGGCUGCCCUGUGGUGCCAAUGGCUCAAGUAUUCAGAAACCAAGAACUAUGUCAGUGCCCAAAAUAAAAAAGCCCUCUGUAUGCCACUGAUGCUAGAAAUCGAACCUGCCAGCUUUCUAAUUUUUUCUGCCUCAGAGGAAAGAUAUGGGAAGAGAAAACAACCUUGUGUAAUAAUUGAUUUUUAAACUGCUGGAUUUAAAGAUGUAAUUAAAAAAGAAAAAAAUGCCUAGUCUUCAUGAUAUACCACAUAUUUCUAUGGAGCCACAUUAAAAAGAUCAAAAUAAAGGAGUCCAAGGAACUAUUUGUCUCUGCAUCAUCUAACUUGGCACAGCUCUUCCCAUAGAUCCAUUGAAUUUGUUUGCCUAAACCAUGAGUUUUCAUACUGAGCAGAUGCUCUGUCAGGAUUGUGGUUAUGCAAUUCUGAUAUCCUGUAAACUUGUAAAAGAGUUUAUAAAACAGGAAGAAGUAAACUGUCAGUCGGAAGCACA